UCCUAGCAUGGAUUGACACGCCGUGCUAACAGAUUACACCACAUUCCAUCAACCAAUUUUCGCAAGUCGAAGCCUUCAUAAAUGGCACUUUCCGCGCCGCAAAACCCACUGACAGCGACGCAAGCGCACGUUUGGUAUCCACAACAUGAAUCGUAUGCAAUCAAGACAGCCAUAGUGCCUCUGCCGGCAUCGCUCUUGGGCUAUUUGCAAGAGGAUGGGCUCUUCGUGGAUGAUGAGAACGCAGGCGUUCCCGCUCUGGACCGCAUCGAUGCUGGGCUCGUUCUCGAGGGGGAGUACCGCCGAGAUGAUUGGGAUGAGCUGCCCGCUGGAGCUCCCGGCGGCCCGGCCCUGCAGCCCAGCCCCAGCGGUCCCCUGAACGCGGCACGAGGUGGCGUCCUUACUGGGAGCACCCACAGCUCCAGCGGCGUUGAGGCCGACCGGCGGGAGCGGCGCGAGAGCAGCAGCACGGCGAGCAGCAGCGGAGUGUCUAAUGCCGGACAGGCACCCGACUGGAAGCUCAGGUUCCCGCAGCUGCGAGUGGCAAUUGAGGCUGCCAUAGAGUCGCUGGGCGGGCGUGUGGUGCCCAAGCUGAACUGGUCGGCGCCUACUGAUGCCCUAUGGAUCAGCGCGACCAAUACACUAGCGUGUCGGAACGCAGAUGAGGUCAUGCUGCUAAUCAAAAGCUCGGACCGUGUGUCUCACGACGUGGAGAUUCUGGAGGCAGCGAUGGCGGCGUGGGGCUCUGGGGCAGACGUGGAGGCAACAGCUGGCAGUGUGGGUGUAGCGGUGUCUGGGUAUGGGCAAGCAGAUGUGUCAGGGGGGGCCGGCUGUGGCGCUGGCGGUGGACCGCAGGCUGAGGCGUUAGCAGGGUGCUCGGAGGGGGACGCGCGGUCCGCUGCAGGGGCGCAGCCUCAGCAGCAUCCAGGCCUGCAUCAGCAGGCGGCGGCGGGCGCGGGCCCCACCUGCAGCAGCUCACCAGCCCUUGAUAGCUGCCCUCUGCAGCCCGUGCUCGUGCUCAAGAAGUGGCAGCAGCUGCGCCCGGAGCGCGAGUACAGGUGCUUUGUGCGGGAUAGACGCCUGGUGGCAGUAAGCCAACGUGACAUCAGCCAGGCAUUCCCGGCGCUCAGUCCAGAUGUGGUCGUGGACGUGCGGCGGCGGAUAUGGCGGUUCUGGGAGGAGCGACUUGCGUCAGGCAGCCGGCUGCCUCUGGACAGCUGCGCGCUGGACGUGUACGUGCCGUUUGACAGCCCCAGUUGGCAGUCCGUGCGGCUGGUGGACGUGAACCCGCUGCUGGACACCACCUCGCCGCUGCUGUACGACUGGGCGGAGCUGGGCUUCGGGCCCACGGCCAUGCCAGCCGCCGCAGACCUGCUGAGCCAGUUGCGGACAGCAGCCAGCGCGGCGCAGCAGGGCGACACACUUAGCGACGGCGAACUCGGCAGUGGCGGCGGCCGCAUUGAUGAGUCGUGGAUGGCGGAAGCAGUUGGCACAGCGGCCCUGUCCCCACCGGAGUCGGCCGACCAGCUGCAGGUGCGGAUCGUGGAGUCCAGUGGCAAUGCCAGCGGUGGCAGCGGCGGUGCAACCGGUGGCGUGAGUUUGGCUGGUUUGACCGGUCCCAUGCUGCUGGGCUCGCGCGCAGCCCUGGCGAUGCCGUACGACAUGCUGGGCAUCACCGACUCGGUGGACAAGAUGAUUGAGGUCAUGUCCCGACAGCAGCAAGGGGCGGGACGGGCAGGGCAGGGCGCUGAGGGGGCCAGUACUGAUGACGGGUCACAGUCCGACGACGACCAGGACGAAGUUUGUCAGCAGGACCGGGCUGGUGCAGGGAGUGAAACAGCUGCCGCGGCAGCGGCGGAUGAUGUGUUGGCGGAUCAGGGCGAUCUCGCGGCAGUGUUUGGAUCCAGCAACGACCAGGCCGCGCUACGAGACAGGGAUGCGUUGGAGCUGCACGACCUCAUCUCGGGUCUUGAUAGUAAUGGCCUGGGCACAUGAGACUGCUUCCGGGCCAGAGCAGAUACGGUUGGGGUUUGAGAGCAUGUCUGCUGUGCAUUCAUUUGUUGUGUUGGGGCUGCAGUUGUUCUGGGCUUCUGAGCUCCUUCGUUCAUCUGGGAAAGCUUUUAGACUUGCAUUCUUGGUCAGCCGUGGACUGGUGGUGCUGCUAUGUGUGUGGGGCGUGGGGGGCCGCUUGGCUCUUGCGGGUGUUGACCUGGCUUCGUUGAGUUGAUUCGGCUGUACACAUGCAGUUGUACAAGCACAGUGCGAAGGCAGGGGAGACUGGGAGUCCGCCUACCUGGGGCUGAGGACUCGGACCGUCCCAUCCUGUAUCAGGAAGCGGGGCGGAGAAAGAUUGGUAUUCCGGACUGGCACUGCAUCAAUCCGUGACAGGCUGACAGCUGGUCCCGGCAGUCGUCCGGUAUCCAAACCCCUUCAACUGUGUACCGCCACCACUACA